CUCAGAAAUUGAUUGCAGCUUCCCAAAGUUGUUCCUGAAACCCGCGGAUCGAGUUUCGUUUUACUUGGCUAAGGGCAUUCGGCCUAUUCGGAUCACCUGGAAGUGUGCCUUCGGAUCGAAGAACAGGAAGCAAUCAGGGCAGGAGGAUGAAAUCCCGUAUAAGUCAUCAGGAUCAGCUGUGCUGGACCCUACUGAUCCUGCUGAUGGCCGUUGGCCAAUCUUAUCAGUGGUUGCCAUUUUUGGGAGGAUUUGGCGGAGGAGGAACUGGAGAGCUGAGCUACUUUGCGGGGUCUAUAGGCCAAGGUGAUAUUCUAUGUGCCAAGCGUUUGAUCGGAAAAGGAACGCAGCUUCCGGUUCAGGUUCCAUUUGCUACUUCUAUCCCAAUUCGAGCCUAUUCGGCCGAAGCUCAGCAGUACAAUCGGAAUGGAUUCAGUAUAAUCGUGGAGUCAGGUGCAAUCAAUUCCAAUACCAUAACGCUUAGCUUCAAUGGACCGCGAAGUCUUCCAUAUUACAUUAUAGUGGAUUUCUACUGUACUCCUAACUAGUUCAUAUAAAAUCUUGAAAAAAUCUUCUCUAGUGGUUUGUUUGAUUUGUCUUGAAAUUUCAAUCCU